AUGUCCACUCUGUCGUACAAAAAACAGGAUGCUUAUUCAAGCAAUGUUGGAAUUCCUGAUAAAAUGGCAGUUUUCCAGGAAUGUCUUCAACAAUUUAAUGCUUCUCCGGUUAAUGCAAAAAAAUGUCGACAACUAUUAGCCAAAUUAUUGAGAUUGAUUUAUAACGGUGAAUCAUUUCCAGCACAAGAGUCAACAACCUUGUUUUUUUCUAUUUCAAAAUUGUUUCAACAUAAAGAUCUGUCUUUGAGACAAUUAGUGUAUUUGACUAUAAAGGAAUUGUCGUCAACAUCAGAUGAUAUAUUGAUGGUGACUUCUUCAAUCAUGAAAGACAUUCAAGGAAAUGAUGCUGUUUACAAGCCAAAUGCCAUUAGAACUUUAUCAAAAGUUUUAGACCCAACUACUGUAAAUGCAGCUGAAAGGUUGUUCAAGAAUGCAAUAGUUGAUAAAAACCCCGUUAUUUCUUCUGCAGCCUUGAUUUCAUCUUAUAACUUGUUACCACACGCUAAAGAAGUUGUUAAAAGAUUUACCAACGAAACUUUGGAAACCAUUCAAUCAUACAAGCUGUUCCCACCAACCCAAUUCCAGUUACAUGAAUACUACGGGAGCUCCACUUCAAACUUACCAUCAACUAGUUACAUGUAUCAAUAUCAUGCUUUGGGAUUGAUCUAUCAGUUGAAAAACCACGAUAAAAUGGCCUUGAUGAAAUUGAUCAGCUCUUUGUCCGAAGGAUCGUCCUUGAAGAACUCUUUGUCAAUAAUUCAAUUGAUUAGAUACAUUAACAAGAUUUUGAAUGAUGAUCAAUCGUUAAUUUCUCACUUGUAUCCGAUUUUAGCAGGAUUUUUGAAACACAAGUCUGACAUGGUUGAAUUAGAAGCAUGUAAAACUUUGAUCAACUUGCAGCACUUGAUCAAGGAUGAUCAAUUCAUGCAAAUUGUCACCACUUUACAAAAAUUAUUGGGUGUUCCAAGAACAGCAACCAGAUUUGCUGCCAUUAGAUUAAUCAACAAGAUUUCUAUCAAACACCCAGAAAAAAUUAUCGUUGUUAACUUGGAAUUGGAAGGCUUGAUUAAUGAUACCAAUAGAUCCAUUUCUACGUUGGCAAUAACCACGUUGUUGAAAACCAUGGGUGCUGGUACUGUCGAUACUGGAUCUACAGGUGGUGAAAGUGUUGAUAGAUUAAUCACUAAAAUGACAUCAUUAAUGGAUGAAAUAACCGAGGAUUUCAAAAUUGUUAUUAUUGAAGCGAUUGAAAACUUGGCAUUAAAAUUCCCUGCCAAACACAAGAAAUUAGUGUCAUUUUUAACUGAUUUAUUAAGAGAUGAUGGAACAUUAGAAUUGAAAAGCAGCAUUGUUGAUGCAUUAUUUGAUUUGAUUAAAUUUUUGCCCGAUACAGGUGCCAAGCAAUUGAUAUUAAUGAAUUUGUGUGAGUUUAUUGAGGAUUGUGAAUUUACAGAAUUAUCAGUUCGUAUUUUGCACUUGUUGGGUGAUGAAGGUCCACAUACUUCAAACCCUUCAUACUAUAUCAGACACAUUUACAACAGAUUGGUUUUGGAGAAUUCCAUUGUCAGAUCUUCAGCGGUUAUUGCCUUGGCUAAAUUUGCUGCAGUUUGUGGUGGCGAUGUAUCAAAAAAUAUUGUUAUUUUAUUGGAAAGAUGUUUGAAUGAUGUUGAUGACGAAGUAAGAGACAGAGCUGCUAUUUCCUUGAACUUUAUCAACAAUGGUAAGAAGAAUUUGAUUGUCAGUGAUUCAAGAUAUGAUUUGAAUGCCUUGGAAAGCAAAUUAGUCCAUUAUUUGAACAAUGAGGAGAACUUUUCUGUUAAAUUCGAUAUUUCAGAAAUUAGAGUUAUUUCUAGUGAAGAGUUGAAAUCAAUUGAGUAUGACAGAAAGAUUAGCAAAUUGGAAAGUUCCAAUGUUGAAAAUAACGAUGCUCCUGAAGUUGAAGAACAGAAGGGUGCUAAAAUCGAAUCAGCUGGUGAUGGUGUUGCUAAUGACUUAUUGAAACAACAAGAAUACGCUCAAGAACUAGCUGCUAUUGCCGAAUUCGAAUCCUAUGGGAAAUUAACCAAGUCAACAUCUGUUCCUAUAUAUUUGACUGACAAAGAAAACGAAAUUGUUGUUAGUGUAGUCAAACAUUUAUUUGCCGAAUCUCAGAAAUUGGUGUUGCAAUACAAUAUCAACAACACAUUACCACACACUGUUUUACAAGACAUUUCUGUCAUUGCUCAACCAGAUAACGAAUUAUACCAAGAAGAUUUUAUUGUGCCAUUAGCAGAAUUAAAACCAGAUCAAACUGGUAUUGUUUACGUUUCAUUUUCAGCUCCAGGUAUACAAGAUGAAGAAUUGCUUUCGGCAUUUGGUAACACUGUUGCUUACACUAACAAAGAUUUGGAUGACGAAGGUAACGUUGAUCCAACAGACGAUGGAUGGUCUGAUGAAUACCAAAUUGAUGAUUUGGAAUUGUUGGCUGGUGAUUUCAUUAUUCCAUUAUACAAUUCUAAUUUCACAUCUAUUUUCGAUCAAUUACCUAAUCAAGAUUCUGGUGUCGUGAAUAUUAGCAAUGUUGAUACUAUCGAGAAUGCUGUCAAUAAAGUAAAGACGGCAUUGAAUAUGAUGCCAUUGGAUGGGUCUGAUUAUGUUCCAAGUGACAUAACCUCGCACACAUUGAAAUUAUUGGGUAAAGAUGUUUGGGGAGGAAAAGUUGGUGCUUCCAUUAGAUUGGCUUCCACUGGUGGUAAAAUUGUUGCUAAAGUAGAAGCAAAAACUGACACAGAAAACUUUGCAAAUGUUGUCAUCAGUAGUGUAUAUUAG